ACUAAAUUUCGAUAGACAACAAAUGCAGCGCAAAACGACAAAAUAAUAAACAAAAUAAUGCGAAGCACAUAAUAAAUAACAUAUCCAAGUAAAAAGGAGAGGAAAAGCUAUGGAAAUGGGCAGGCAGAAGAAGCGACGUAAGCAGCGCAAACGCAAACAUCAGCGACACAAACAAGGGGCGGCCGCAGCCGCAGCUGCUGUGGGCGCGCCUAGGCUGCCCGCCGAGAUCUGGAGGAGCACGUACAAGACGCUGCUGCAGUGGCAUCAGGCGCAGGUGCACAGCGUCUGUCGUGGACAAAUGGAGCCGGCGCAAGACGAGAGCUUCAGCGAGGGAGAGGAGGAGGAGGACGAGGCAUACGAAGAGCAGGAGCUGCAGCCGAACGAGCACUUGGAAUGGGAUGCGUUCAAUGAGGAUGUGGAUCAAGUGGAUGUUGAGUAUUUGAAAUUUCUGGAGAUAACGCUGCAGCAUCAGCAGGAGCUGAAACGUCUGCGCGCCGCAGCUGCAGCCGCAGCCGCACAGCCGAGCAGCGCAGAGGCAUGACUGCAAGAAACCCGCCGUAAAACUUGGUUUAAGUUUAGGUCUAAGAUGCUAUAUAUACACACAGUGAAAGCUCGCCAGGGCGGACAACCACUAAGAAUGACAGUACAGUGAAAACUCUUAACAAUUAAUUUACACGUGAAGUCCAAAUUUAAUGCUUGUAUUCAUAAUUUGACACAUUUUAAUGCCUUUUUAAUGUCAUCACAAAAUGUACGUCUGACAUCUUUUCUAUUUUGGUUACAAUUUUGCAAAUUGUCAACUGUUUCUAACAAUCUAGCUGCCAUGAAAAUUUCAAGUACAAUUUUUGAUAAAAGUUUUCGACAAUUUUGUGCGUGUUCUAGGAUAAGUUAAAUUUUGAAUUACAUAAAUUAAUUAUGUUAAAUAUAUUUUGCACACUUUCUGACGCGAUUAUAUGUUCCAAAUUUCAAGUCACAAAGGCAAUAUGCUCUUUUGGAUUUAUUUGGAAUUUAUCAGCAUGGAAAGCGGUUCAUUUAUGA